AUGUCAUUUUUCCUUUGCUGCGGAGGAAAGAUGGACAACAGGGCGAGGUCUGUGGAGGUGGAGGCGUCGACAAGGAGCAAACGGAAUAUCCCAGGAGGUGGCGGCGCCGCCGCAGGAGCGGCGGCGAGGGGAGGAUCGAACAGCGGCGAGAGCAAGAAUCUAGUGUUCUUCGGAUCAGAUGCGAGAGUUUUCGACCUGGAGCAGCUGCUCAGGGCGUCUGCAGAGGUGCUCGGGAAGGGAACCAUCGGCACCGCCUAUAAGGUGGUGCUGGUGAGCGAGAGGGUGCUGGCCGUGAAGAGGCUGAGGGACGUCGAGCUGUCGGAGCAGGAAUUCAGGGAGAAGAUCGAACCCGUCGGCGCCAUGGUCCACCGUAAUCUGGUUCCGCUUCGAGCCUACUACUACAGCAAGGACGAGAAGCUCCUCGUCUACGACUUCAUCUCCGAAGGUAGCGUCUCCGCCCUCCUCCACGGUAAGUCCCGCCACUCAUCCUCUCCCUCUCUUCCUCUUCCUCUCUUCCUAUCUUCCUCUGCAUGUCUUCCUCUUCUUCUUCCUACCUUCCUCUUCAUCAUCUUCUGUCUUCCUCUUCCGUUCUUCCUAUCUUUUUCGUCCUCUUCCUGCUUAAGAUCACUACUUUCUGGUCUUCGACCCAGUCGGAAUCAGACAAACCAGAGCAAGAAUCUGCAUCGAAAAACCAGGGAAAAAGAUAGAUUCUGAUCGAUCGAGUGUUUUGCAGACACCAAAGGAACCGGGAAGCCGCAGCUGCACUGGCGGGCGCGGCUGGAGAUCGCCCUCGAUGCCACCCGCGGCAUCGCCUACAUCCACUCCACCUCCCCGUCGGCCUCCCACGGUAACCUCAAGUCCUCCAACGUCCUCCUCCUCUCCGGCACCGCCCUCGUCUCCGACCACGGCCUAGCCCCCCUCCGCCGCCCCGCCUCCUUCCCCGGUCACCCCGCCCCGGAGGUCACCGACCCCCGCCGGAUCUCCCAGAACGCCGACGUCUACAGCUUCGGCGUCCUCCUCCUCGAGCUCCUCACCGGCAAGGCCCCCGCGCAUCCGCUGCUCUACGAAGAAGCCUUCGAUCUCCCCCGCUGGGUGCAGUCCGUUGUCAAGGAGGAGUGGGCCUCCGAGGUCUUCGACCCAGAGCUUCUCCAAUACCAGGACGUGGAGGACGAGAUGGUCCAGCUCCUCGAGCUCGCCAUCGACUGCACCGCCCAGUACCACGACAAGCGCCCCGCCAUGCCGGACAUCGUCUCCCGCAUCGAACAAAUCCACCGCUCCAGCUCCCAUUCCGACGACCACCGGCACGUGUAG